CUUGAGUACUUACUUCAUAAAAGUUACCAGUAACGUGAAAUAUUAUGCGCUUGGCCAAGGCAAGUUGAACUAACUUCCGUACAUCAACGAACAUCGUCGAUUGGGAAUAUGAUGUGGGUCAGCUCUAUGCGUAAUUAUGGACGACCACGGAACGUACCUCCGAUAUUCACGCAGACGCAAGGCGCCCUUGCGCUCCUCGUUGGAGCGUGCGUUUCUGAGCAGGUCGUGAAAGAAGAUGGUGAUGCGAGGACGAAGCAAAAAAAUGAUCAUACCGAAGCGACGAACACGAAAGGGAUCAAGCCUAUUUGGAGUUUCGGCAUGCGACCUCCACGACAAGGAGAGAGGACGAGAGAGACGACCACGACGCACUCUUUAUUUUUCCUUUCGAAUUUGAAUCCGAAGCACUGUUUCCGUGGCAGUUCUGUCGUAGAGGCACAAGAGCCACGUCCUCGUCUCGUAGACGAGGUGCGGAGUAAACAGUUGGAAUUCGGGUAUCCGGUCACGCGCUACCUGAUCGAGAACGACGCUUUUAUUGCGGAAUUCGACCCACGGACCCGAAAUCCUGUUUACGUCAUUGAACACCUAACCCGAGACAACCUGAAAAAGAUCACAAUCACGCGCGGAGGCGGAGGCUGUGAUGGUGGAGAAAAUAAGUUUAUGCUUUUUCUUACAAAAGCUGGAUCCCGCGCCUUCUGACCUGUCGUGUCCCGUACUUUCAAGGGAAACCACGACAGAUCAAGACGCGACAGAUCCAGCGUUUUUAUGUAACCAUUCAAUAAGGCAGUUGGUGUGGAGAAAGGCGAUGCUCCUCGCGAGCCACAGCACCAGAUUGCUGCAUCUAGUACGUCAUCGAGUUCAUCAUCGUCGAGUAGGAGUGGGCGCCGAGAGGAAAAAGAGGAUGAUCAUUUUUCGUUUUCAUUGUUGUCAUCGUAUCCGCUGGGGAGUUCCAAACCAACCUCUGGUGGAAGUGCUAUUUCUACACCUUCGUCCACAACUGCGAAAACGGGUAGAAGUGAGCACCAGUUUCGGGAAGAAAAAGGUAUUCCCAUUGGCAUGCGCAACCGACUCUCGCAGUUUCACCGUUCUGGUCUAGAUCGCGGUCACCUGGCGCCAGCGCGUAAUCAUCGACACAAUGCUGACGCGUUUGCAGACACUUUUUCACUCGCAAAUAUCUCGCCGCAAGUGGGCGCAGGCUUCAAUCGUAGCUACUGGGCCAGGCUUGAGAAGUUUGUUGCUGAUUGUUUGGUACGUGAGCACCUGAACAAACAGCUAGUUCUCGACUCUGCAGUUGUGAUAACGGGGCCUUUGUUCUUGCCUGCGGAAGUGAGCGGCAGAAAACAAAACGGCGAGGAAGAGAGCACUCCAUCUCCACCUCACGCGCAACUAGUUACAAAACAAGCGGACCGAAGUCUCGUAGACGAGGGAGCCGAAAAAAGCAGCCUGAAACUCGAUGUUUCGUUACUGGGUUCGCCUCCGAAUCUGCUCCAUGUUCCAACGCAUUUUUUUAAAAUUAUUCUCGCAAAGCGAGAGACAGUAAGCAACGAAUUAUGUGUCCAAGACGUCGGAAGGAAAAACAACAAGGCGUUGUGUCGCAAAUCGUCUGACUCUGAGGACCACGGUACAAAAAACGGCUCUAGUACAGAAGAUGGGAUCUUCAUCGCAGCUUUCUUAUUGCCAAAUUGCGACAUUGAACCAGACAUAGAAGUUUCCUUUUUCCUUCGUUCUUUAGCAGAAAUCGAGCAGCUCAGCGGAAUUGACUUUUUUCCGCACAUGGAUGCGGCACCGAAAGCCGCUUUUACAAAGCGAGAAGACCGAUUUCUAUCCGAGUUGAGAGCAAAACUAGUCGAGCAUCAGCAGGUAAAAAUAAUGAAUCUAGACCGGAGACUGGAAGAAGAAGUUGAUGAAAGAGCUUGCGGUAAAACAAGACCAGCAUCUUCGACCCCACAGCAAGAUUCUUUCGAUUCGACGCUUGUGCCUGUGCGCUUGAAAAAUAAAGAGACAGAGAGUAAUAGUAACAAGUUGCCUCCCAUGCGACACCUGUGUGAGGUGGUGCAAUGUCGCCUUAGUACAGUCAUUUUCCCGACGAAUAAUUAAUGAAAGAGGGAGGCAGAUGCACCGGCGCUUCUAUCCGACGUGUCCGGGUGAUCUGUAUGUGCAG